GAGAACAGGCUCUCUCAAGCUCUGUAUCACAGCCAUAGGGAUGAGACCACAGAUGGAGUCUCGACUUCAAUCAGAAACCCAAAUUACUUCAAAACAAUUUCAAAACUUUCUGAUACUUUAUUUUGCUCUCAAUCUGGACUCGCGAAGAAGGAGAGGGGCGCCGAAAGAGGAAAGAAGCAGAAAGUUUUUAUUUUGAAGUGAAGACGUGUCUGAAAGGAUACAUACUAAAAUUCAAGCCCUUUAAAACUUCCUACACCAGGGUGGUCGAAGAACAAAUUGAGCAGGAAUAUUUAUAACAUAAGGGUUUAAUGAUCGUUGGGAACUCUGAACGCGCCUGGCUCUGGAAGAGGCAACUUUUAUUUUUCAAAUACUGGAAAUUAUUGAAGAGGAGAGAAGGAACUGAAAUUUGAUUUUAAACAAAAAAAAUCAUUUUGAGUGGAUUUCUGGUGCUGUCAUUAAGUUUUUCUGCUUCAUGCUUCUUUGGGUCAUAUUCAGUGUUUCAGCUCAGAUUACCACGGCCGACCCAUUCCUCGUUUUAUCCUCCUAGGAGUUUCACCAGGCUUGUGGUGGAGGGUGAUGGAGGCGCUGCCUCGCGCGGUGGCCGUGGCGGAGGGGAAGGCGGCGGACGAUGGCGGUGGAUGGAGGGCGUGCGGCAGGAGGUCGCCGCAGCCCAGCGCUGCAGGCCGCGGUGCCCAGCAACAUUACUCGGCUUUUCAAGCCUCGAUGCCAGCCGAUUCUUUGCUCCAUGACUGUGGCAAUCUCUACGACCCCAGCGUCCCUCAAACUGUGCGGGGGUGUGCUCCGUCGGACGGCCCGGCUCACUCCGACAUCCCUUUCGGCCACGUGGAGGGCCACGCCGGGUGUGCCGCCCUCCACCACCUCCCGAGUCCGUAUGUGGACCAUCAGCUCCGGCCCGGCCAGGGGCAGUGUGCCAGCCUACCCGCUCCCCACCCGCUGGCACCAGCUGAUGGGCCUUACACUGUGAGCUUCUACCACCAAGCCAACUUACACGCUGCCCAUGGCGGGGAUGUCACACUGCAGUCCUCUGCUGAGCACAUGCACUCCAUGGAGGGUCUGGCGUCCAGAUUCUCGACUCCGCGCGGUACCGCGAAGAUGAACAAGAAGCGGGCCCUGUCGAUCUCACCCCUGUCCGACACCAGCAUCGACCUACAGACCAUGAUCCGUACCUCACCCAGCUCCCUGGUGGCCUUCAUCAACAACUCGCACUGCCCCUCCAACACCAGCGGUUCCUACGGACACUUAUCCAUCACGGGCAUCAGCUCAGCGUGUGGAUUUCCCCAUUCUCCAGCGGCUCCCUCCAAGCACCAGCAGUUCCUCAUUCAGCCCAAAGGGAUGUCCGCCACGUUUGGCAACACGCAGCCUCUGACCCACCCCUCUCUGCCGUGUGGCCCCCGGCACCACCAGCCCUCCGUGGCAUCACUCCUGCCGCUCUCACAGCCAGGCCGCAUGCAGAAGCCCUUCCAGAUGAAAGCGGAGUCGUUGCUCAGCUGUACAUUGGAUCUGCUCAAUGGGAAAUGCUUGGAGGAGAGGUCUGAGGAAGAUGUCUCCAGCCCGGCCUCUACAGGCACACAGGACCACCUGCUGGGAAUGAUGGACGGAAGGGGAGAUGGAGAUAAGGAGGAUGGUAAACAGGAGACGGAGAGCAUCUACGAGACCAACUGCCACUGGGAGGGAUGCAGUAAAGAGUUCGAUACUCAGGACCAGCUUGUGCACCACAUUAAUAACGAGCACAUUCACGGCGAGAAGAAGGAGUUUGUCUGCCACUGGCAGGAGUGUUCGAGAGAGCAGAGACCGUUCAAGGCCCAGUACAUGUUGGUGGUCCACAUGAGGCGACACACAGGCGAGAAGCCACAUAAAUGUACAUUUGAAGGUUGCAACAAGGCCUACUCCCGGCUGGAGAACCUGAAGACCCACCUGCGCUCCCACACUGGGGAGAAACCCUACAUGUGUGAGCACGAGGGCUGCAACAAAGCUUUCUCCAACGCCUCCGAUCGAGCCAAGCACCAGAACAGGACUCAUUCCAACGAGAAGCCAUACGUGUGCAAGAUCCCGUGUUGCACCAAGCGCUACACGGACCCCAGCUCGCUGAGGAAGCACGUGAAGACCGUGCACGGUCCAGAGGCUCACGUGACCAAGAAGCAGCGCGGAGACGUUGGCAUCAGGCCGCUGGCGGCACAGGACGGAGAGACCCCGUACGACGAAGCUCACGGUAUUGGCGCCGGGAAGAUGGAGGACUUCCUGCAGGGGCGCCUAAUGGUGGCCGACACGAUCAUGAAGCCCCAGGCCAGCCCUGGCGAUCGCUCAUCGAGCAGCAGCGAGAGGUCGUUUCAGGGCAGCGCCAACAACAACGACAGCGGAGUGGAGAUGAACGCCAACGGCGGGGGCAGCUUCGAAGACCUGACCAGCAUCGAAGACGCGCCGUGCGCCGAUUCCACGGUGGCCCCCUCGGCAGAGGCCAGGCUGCGGCGCAAUGCCACGGCGCUGCAGCGGCUGGCCGAGCUGAAGAUCGGGAGGCUCAAGCAGAUGCGCAAGCCCACGCCGCCAUUGCGGGGAGCGAACAUACAGGGCAGCGCUCUGCCCGGCGAGGUGCCCAUGUGCGGAUCAGCGGCUCCACCGUGCCACCGACUGGCGGAAGCGGCGGGCAAGGAUCGCGGGGCGAGGGUGCCGCUGCCGGAGCGGCGGGACAGCGGCGCCAGCACGGUCAGCUCGGCCUACACCGUCAGCCGCCGCUCGUCGGCCAUUUCCCCGUACCUGUCCAGCCGCCGCUCCAGUGAGGUGUCCCUGGCGGGCGGCCUCGGCAACUGCAGCGGCGAACGGCCGCACGACCCCGGCUCUCCGGACGCCGCGCCGCCGGGGCUGCCGUUCCUCUCUCCCGCCCAGCAGUACCGCCUGAGGGCCAAGUACGCCGCCGCCACCGGCGGGCCGCCGCCCACCCCCUUGCCCGCGGGGGGCGCCCUCUCCCCCUUCCACGGCGGAGUCUACCGCCCCGGCGGGCACGGCUUCCCGCAGUGCCGAGGCGGCGAGAGCGGCUACGAGCCCAGGCCGCACUACGGGCCGGGGUUGAGCGUGAGGCGGGCGAGUGAGCCGGUGCGGCCGGCCGCCGAUUCGCAGUCGAUGCCCAAGGUGCAGCGCUUCAACAGCCUCAGUAACGUGGGCCCCACCGCCAUCGCCAUCGCCACCGCCUCAGCACCGGGCAGCUGCCGCCUGGCGCACCCUGCCGCCUCCGACACCAACUCCCACCCCCACCUCUACUCCCCACGGCCGCCCAGCAUCACUGAGAACACCAUGAUGGAGGUGGGACACAUGGCGCACUACCAACACUGCCAAGGCCCCAUUAUGCCUCCCUUAAACGACCAGCUCUGCAGCACACAGUCGGCACAGCUCCACAGCCCAGGGCGAUUGCACCAUCCGAGUCUCUAUGCCAACACGGGGAACAGGCAGGUUGGCAUUGCCCAUCAGGCCAUGGCAGACGGCAGCGUCUCUCAGCAGCACUACAUUGUGGACCAGACUCAGAUGAGAGAGUGCAAUGCACAGUUCCAGACCCAGCGACAGGGCUGUCCUCAUGAGAACCACAUGCCCGUCCAGUGGAGUGAAGUCAGUCCGGGCAGCAUGGAUAUCGCUGCCAUUCAGAUGCCCGCCCAGCGUGGCAUUGAGCCAAGCCCAGCCCAUCCCAGCCAGUGCCUUAAGCAGGUCAACCACAGGUCACCUUCGUCCCCGCACUCCAUGCCCUACAUCCAACACAACAUGAACGUGACCCCCAGCCCCCUGUGCCAGCAGAGCACGUUCGGUACCGGGCAGCGGGCACAGCCUGGGCACCAGCAGCAGGUGAAGCCCGAGCACCAGUUCCACCAGCCUGUGCCAAUGCUAAACCCCUGCCAAAACACCAAGCAGCAGGCAAUGGGAAGCGGGCAAGACUUCAUCCUGCCCAAGGCCGCGAUGCCCGCUGCGGCAGAGUGCGUGAGGCGCGACUGCUGCCAGCCAGCGGGCACGCUGUGCUCGCCGCUGCGGGAGGGCAGGUGGGGCGGCGGUGCCCGCACGCCCAUGAUGCAGGUGAAGGAGAUGAUGGUGCGGAACUACGUGCAGUCGCAGCAGGCCCUCAUGUGGGGCGAGGCCCCGCGCAGCCCCCCUCCGCACAGCCCGCGGGCACAGUGCCAGCCCUACGCGGGCUACGCCGACUGCCAGGGUCACGGGAUGGCGCCGCACCCUCCCCCGGCCCAAAAGCUGCCACGGAGGCAAACAGCCGAGAGGGAAUUCCUGCCGCACGUCAGCCCCGUCCACAAGCCGGCAGCGCCCAUCGAUCUCCCCCCCAUACACUGCCCGCUGGAGGCACCGCAAGAUGCUUCGCUGCUUUACUCCAGCCCCAUGCAGAUCCAGCAGGCAAGGCCGCACUUAAGGAAGAUGGCGGCCAACUCGAUGCAUCUGCAUUCAUCGCAAGGCAGCUGCGCUCUCCAGCAGCAGCAGGAGCAGCAGGAGAUGAUGCUGGACUUGGACCCCAUGAAGCUCGCCUCGCCCCUCUACAUGGAGUCACUGGGCCUCGAGCAUUCGAUCGACUUUGCGGCGAUCGUGAACGAGCCGUGCGACGGGCCCCUCAGUCCCGGCACCGUCCCAGCGUCCCCGUGCCUGGCCACCCCCUGCAGGGCGAGCGGGCUGCAGGCGGGGAUGUCCAACAUGGCCAUCAGCGACAUGAGCUCAGUGCUCACCACCCUGGCAGGGCAGAGCAGGUUUGCCAAUGCCAUGCCGUGACGGCAUGGCAUUGGCAAACCUGCUCUGCCCUGAUGGUGCCGCGGCCUGGCGCGAUGAUGGGCAUCGCAGCAUUGGUGCCGACAGAUCAACCUCGCCCCGACUUGGCACGAAGCCGUUGAAAGUGGGGCUGGCGUCUGCAACUGGUGAGGUUGGACCUGCUGAAACGCACACAUCAUUUUGAGCGGAUGCCAGUUUGCCCCACCUGAACCUGGUCCAAAGUAGCUGGAUCCCGAGCACACCACGGACACACCGAGUCAGGCAACGCACAAGUCGAUUGUCACGUGUACCGAGGUACAGCGAAAAGCUUUUGUGGCGUGCUAACCAGUCAGCAGAAAGACAAUACACGAUUACAAUCGGGCCGUUUACAGUGUACAGAUACAUGAUAAGGGAAUAACGUUUAGUGCAAGGUAAAGCCAGCAAAGUCCGAUCAAGGAUAGUCCGGAGGCUUGGACAAAGUUCCUUUUCAUCUGUUUAGGAAGGAACUGCAGAUGCCAGUUUAGACAAUAGACAAUAGGUGCAGGAGUAGGCCAUUCGGCCCUUCGAACCAGCACCGCCAUUCAAUGUGAUCAUGGCUGAUCAUCCCCGA